AUGGCCACCAUCGACCCGUCCACACUCCCCGGCCAACCCGUCGACCCCUCCCAAGCCCAAGGCGCCCAAAUCCCCCUCCAAUCCUUCACCAUCCCCGACUUCCCCCCCGAAGCCGCGGGCCUCAAAGCCCUCACCCUCACCUCCGACAUCAAAGUCGACGAGUACCAGAACCUCCUCUCCGAACCAUGGAACAUCCCCGCCCUGCCCGGCUCAAUCGAGAGUCUCACCCUCGAGCUCUUCAGCAUGGGAUACCCGCCCGGCUACCUCGCGGCGCUUGCGUCUCGUCUGCCGAAUCUCAAGAGCGUGGUGGUGUAUAGUCAGCUCUUCGCCGGUAUCACCGCUGAAUCUCAAGCCGACGCUAUCGCGUUCUUCAAAGCCUUGCCCAACCUGCGCGCGGUGCACCUUCUGGAUGUGUUUGCGAAGGAGAAGUUCUUCCGUGAGGCUGGGAAGUGGCUGCGCUACAACACCUCCGACGCCCCAGGUGAAGCGCGGCGCGGGUUGAUGUUCUUGGAAGUGAACUACACCUUCCGGCACGAGGAUGAAGACUUCCUGCACAAGAUCCAAGCUACUGAGCUACCGGACUUGAUCGGGCCUGGGUUAAUCAGCUGCUCGUUCAAUAUUGCUACGCCGGAGAAUGUGGAAGAUGAUCCGGAUGAUCCUGCGAACUUGCAGGAGGCGGGGAACAAGCAGGGUGUGAUGGCGUUUAACAAGAGUGUGGCUCCAGAUCCGGUGAUUGCGUUGACGGAAGAGGAGAAUUCGCCAAAGGGGCUGAGAGCGUUGAAUCUGACCUUGUAUACGCUUACGACGAAGGAUUUGAAGAAGGUGCUGGAAACGCAGAAGCAUGUCAUGGUGCUUAAUGUGACGUUGGAGGUUGAGCCGGGAGAGGAUUGGAAGAAAGGGUUACUGGAGGCGUUGGAGCCGUGUAAGAGCUUGGAGCAGGUGGAGGUCGUUGCAAACCCGACAUUACAAUUCUUCAUGGAGGUACAAAAUCCGCGACAUGGCGUGAUGGGGAAGACGUUCCCUUCCGCCGAAGAAAUGAAGUCGUUGUCGAGCAAGUGUGAAAAGAUGUCGGCGUUCAGUGUAAGCAUACUCCGAGCACCAAACUUUGGCACUGUGGAAUGGGCGAAAAAGGACGGCGAGUGGGCCGGUGGGGUGACCGAAGGGAAAGGCGUGCCUGCAGCACCACCUUCGUAG